UUGUAAUCAUCGGAAAUUUUAUCAAAAUGAAUUCUCUGGUAAUUUUGCUAAAUAUUUUUGUUUCUUUUUCUUUAUCGGUGUCUUUACUAAAUUAUAAAAAAUUGGAUCAGAUCGAGUAUUACGAGAUAAUAGAUUUCAAAGCAAAUUUCACUGAAGGUGAAACACUAGAAAACAUAAAAAUAAAGACAGCAAUUACGGUAAAAUUUCGAGCAUUCAAAAAGAAGUUUGAACUGGUACUGCAGGAAGACAAUUCAAUAAUAUCUCCAAGUGCCAAAGUCUAUAUGGUUGCAGACGAAAUUAUCAAAUUAUAUCCGAAGAACAUCGAAGGCUCUUCAAUAUACAAAGGCACCGUUUCGGGAGACAAACAAUCAUUUGUAAAUGGAUACCUUCACAGAAAUGGAUUUAUUGGCAAAAUCCAAUUAAAAUACGAAACUUAUUUCACAGAAAACGCAUUUGCGUACUUAAAAGACGAAACCAUUAAAGAUAAAUUGAUAAUUUAUAAAGACGUAGACGUAAAACCUGUCGGAUGCAAAAGCUUCGAACGAUAUCGGUCCUGUUUGAACAAGAGAAUAAUACAUCAUACAUUAAAUACUAAUUUGUUUUAUUAUAAGGAAAACGGGAGGUCUCAUUUAUUACGAAAGUCUACAGUUGAUGAACAAAACACGUUAAUGUGCAAUAUAGAGGUAAUGGCAGACCACACUUUUGUAGAUCAUUUUAAUAGAGAUCGUGGAACAGUUAUCGCAGAAAUGUUAUAUCAUGUGAAAGUUGCAGACAAAGUUUUCAGAAAUUUAGACUUCAAUAAGGAAGAUGCACCUAAAGGAAUAAGAAUUAACGUGGAGAAAAUUACUGUUAUAGAAAAUCCGAACAAUCCCACGUAUUAUUUAAAUAGUUACGUUGACAAAGCUACUGCAUACUCGGAACUUUUGGCUGCAAACUCGAAACAAACUUGGUGCAUGUUUAUAGCCUUUUGCCACAGAGAUUUUCAGGGAAAAGUUGGUCAGGCUUUUACAA